AUGGAAGGAGAAAAACAAAUAUUGCGAGUUAAAAAUGAUGAAAAUAUACCAUUUUUAUUAGUUGGUAAUAAAAGUGAUCUUCAAGAAAAGAGAAAAGUUAGUUUAGCCGAGGCACAAUCAAGAUCACAACAAUGGGGUGUACCAUAUGUUGAGACAAGUGCUAAAACUAGAGAAAAUGUUGACAAGGUGUUUUUUGAUUUGAUGCGUGCUAUUGCAGCGCGAAAAGCACAAGAUAAUCAAAUUGAAGCUGAAAUAAAAACUAAAAAACGUUGUUGUAUAAUUCUUUAACAACAAUUUAUCAUCAACACUCAAUUUUAUAAUUUAUAAUUUAUUAAAAUAGAUAAAUAAAUAAUUACAAAACAAGUUCAUUACUACUACUACUAAUAAUAAUAAUACAAAGACAAGGAAAAAAAAAACGACAAGCAAAAUAGAUUUAAGAAAAUCAAAAUUCACUUUUAUUAUUAUUAUUAAUAUAUGUAUAUGUAUGUGUGUGUGUGUGUGUAUCUAAGAAAAAGA